CAUGAUAACAUCCACACGUAAGCUCCUUAAACUAAUCGUAUCUCCACCACCCAAUUACAAGCUAAGACACAUCAAAAGCGAACGACAUGGGCCAUUAACGAGAACGAGAACCCACCAUGCUAGCCUCAACCGGGGACGAUGAACCGGACCUGGUCGUGGGACAAGAUCUACCAACGGAGGCCGCCACUCCAAGGGUGCUGACUAUAAUCUCCCACGUGAUGGAGAAGCUAGUCGCUCGGAAUGAGUGGUUAGCUAAGCAAACUAAGGGAUUCGGGAAGAGUUUGGAGGCGUUUCACGGCGUAAGAGCGCCUAGCAUAAGUAUAGGCAAGUACCUUGAGAGGAUAUAUAAGUACACAAAAUGUAGCCCGUCGUGUUUCGUGGUCGGGUAUGCGUACAUAGACCGGUUGGCUCAUAAGCAUCCUGGUUCUCUGGUUCUCUCCUUGAAUGUUCAUAGACUUCUUGUCACUUGUGUCAUGAUUGCUUCCAAGAUGCUAGACGACGUGCACUACAACAACGAAUUCUAUGCACGGGUGGGAGGUGUGAGCAAUGCAGACUUGAACCGAAUGGAGUUGGAACUUCUGUUCCUCCUUGACUUCAGAGUUACAGUGAGUUUUAGAGCUUUCGAGAGCUAUUGCUUUCACCUUGAGAAAGAGAUGCUAUUAAAUGGCCAUACUUCUUCUCUCCAAGAUAAUGGACCAGUGCAAGAAACUCUAUCAGAUGCAUCUUCUUUGGCAUCUUUAUAUGUUUAGCCGUUACCACACACGUUUUCUCUGUUUUUGAACUGUGUGCGUUUACAGAAAAAUUUAUCAAUCGAUCGAUAUAUUAAUGUGAAAAAAUUAAAUUUUCAAAAGUAUAAUUCAAAUUUAUUUAUGAAAGAGAA